UGUACAUUUUGUCUUAGCCAGCUCAGCUACUUUAUUUAUUUUUUUCUGUGAUUUUUUUUUUAAAAACUUGUUCUUGAAAACAUGAAUUUUUGUUGAAUAUUGGUACUUAAAACAAGCAUGACUGAAAAUAAUUCCUAUCUUGGUUUUGAUUUCAGUACUCAACAGUUAAAAGCAGUUGUUAUCAAUGAAGAUUUAGAAGUUACUCACCAAUCAUUUGUCAACUUCGAUUUUGAUCUCCCUGAAUUCAGGACACAUGGAGGAGUUCAUUGCCAAGAAGAUAAUCUGACAGUAACAGCACCAACUAUCAUGUUUAUUAAAGCAUUAGAUAUGUUAAUAGAGCGUUUGAAACUUGAAGGUGUAGAUUUUUCUACUGUUUUGGCAAUUUCAGGAGCUGCACAGCAACAUGGAAGUGUAUAUUGGAAAAAAGGUGCAGAGCAAAUACUUCAAGAAAUAUCUCCAAAUAAGUUCUUGCAUGAGCAGUUACAAGGAUGUUUUAGUCUCAGAGAUUCUCCUGUAUGGAUGGAUUCAAGUACGAAAUCUCAGUGCAGUAACUUAGAAGAAGAAGUUGGUGGUGCUAUGACAUUAGCUCAACUGACAGGUUCACGUGCCCAUGAAAGGUUUACUGGAAAUCAGAUUGCAAAAUUUUAUCAAACCAAACCAGGAGCUUAUGACUUGACAGAGAGAAUUUCCUUGAUCAGUAGUUUUGGUGCUACUCUGUUCUUAGGACGAUAUGCUGCUAUCGAUCUGAGUGAUGGUUCUGGUAUGAACUUAUUGGACAUUAAUACAAAAGAUUGGUCUGAAGUAUGCCUGGAGGCAUGUGCACCUUCUUUAAGAAAAAAAUUGGGACAACCAGUGCCAGCAUGUACUGUUUUGGGUUCUGUGUCACCUUAUUUUAUAGAACGUUAUGGCUUUUCUGAAAACUGCAAAGUAGUUGCAUUUACAGGUGAUAAUCCAGCUUCUUUAGCUGGAACACAAAUGAAUAAAGAAGACAUGGCAAUAAGCUUAGGCACAAGUGAUACUGUGUUUUUAUGGCUUACAGAUCCAAAGCCAUCUUUAUCAGGGCACAUUUUAUGUAACCCCAUUAACAGCAAAGAAUUCAUGGCUUUAUUGUGUUUUAAAAAUGGAUCGCUUACUAGAGAGAGAAUAAGAGAUGAAUGUGCUGAAGGUUCAUGGGAAUUAUUCAACGAUAUUUUAGAAAGUACGCCUCGUGGAAAUUUUGGCAACAUAGGUAUGUUCUUUGAUUUGAUGGAGAUUCUUCCAACUGUGAUUGGGGACUUCAGAUUCAAUAAAAAUAAUGAAUCGGUACAACGAUUUUCAAAAGAAGUUGAAGUAAGAGCUUUGGUUGAAGGACAGUUUCUAGCAAAAAGAGUGCAUGCAGAAGAUUUUGGAUUUAAAAUUGAUUCUUCAGCCAGAAUUAUUGCAACGGGUGGUGCAUCUACUAACAAAUCAUUAAUUCAAGUAUUGGCUGAUGUUUUUAAUCUCCCUGUUUUUAUCUUGGAUUUUGCGAAUUCUGCUUGUUUAGGAUCAGCUUUGAGAGCAAAACACGCUCUUUUAGGGGAAGAUUUUUGUUUUCAGAACAUGUUUAAUAAACCUCUUGGAAUUCAGUUAAGUGCUACGCCUGCUAAAGAUGCUGAUGAGGUUUAUGGUCCAAUGCUGGCUCGCUACAGAAUUCUUCAAGAAAGAGUAAUUAAGAUCUGUAGUCAUUCAAAGUGCUAGAUUCUUGUUUCAUAGAUAUUCAUUAUAUUUUUAUACUUAACAAAUGAGUAACAUUUUAAAUUUUUAUAUUUUUACUAGAACAUUUUUACAGAAUUUUAUUAAAAAUCAUCUUAAGCAAACUUGCUGAACAUUUCAAAUACUGUGCAUUCCAUUUAAUCUUUUGAUUCCUUAACCUUAGUGAGAUAUAGUUUACCUGACUGUGAUAAACCCCAUUGAUAUUUUAAUAUCGAAAAUAAAAUAAAUUAGUGUUAGUCUUUGAAAUGUUUUUUUAUCUUGCAAUUAUUUAAAAUUUUAUUCAUUCUAAUUCCUUUGGGGCUAUUAAUUAUUAUUCUUGAAGUAGUUUUAAUUAAAAGCAAUUGAACUUUUUUUUUUGUAUUCGAUUGAGUUACUAAAAAUAAAGAAUACUUGGCUGAUAUCAAUUUUUGUUGAAUAUUUUGAUAAAAUUAGAUAUUGCAGCAUUUGAAUUAUUAUUUAUUUUGUUACGAAUAUGAAUUAAAGUUUAAUUUUAAUUGUCCCCAUAAGAAUAGCCCUAUUUAACAGAAUCUUGAAUUAAACGCUAUUUAAUUGUUAAAUCAAAUUGCUGUUAGUUUUUGUUGCAUUAAGUUAUACAUGCAAAACAUGUUGAAGUUUUUUUCUUUAUUUUUAUUGCUCACUUGAUUUAAUUUAAUUUUUUUUUAACAAAAAUUAUUUAAAAAAAUUUUGUUAUUGAAUUUUCGUGUGUUGUACUAAUUCUUAGUAAGUUUUAAUUGAUUUAUUUGGCUUAAAAAUUUUCAGAUUUAAAUAAAUUUUUUUUGAAAAACGUUUCUAAUGUAUAAUAUGAGUUGCUAUAAAAUGUGCUCUCUUUUUGAUAUUUUGGUAACCUCCGAAUUGCCUUGUAUUAUUAGUAUUUUGUUUAUCUAAGCAACCUAUUUUACUCUUAGUAUUAUUAUCAGUUGUUUUCUGAAAAUUGAUAACGUUUUUCAUUCAACUAUUUGUGAUUUAUAAAUCUUUAAAAAUCUCAUUAAAACAUAUUUACAAUUUUUUGCAUCUUAGUAGGUUUUCCUUGUUUAAAAAGUUUUUUAAGAAAGAAGAGUUUUCAUUGAUCAGUUUUAUAUGUUAAAAUUUAUAGAAACAUUUUUAUUCUUGCUACAGCAAGUAAAUAUUUAUUCUGUUUAUUGGUGUACAGCUUGGUAGGUAUUAUAUUUAAAUUAUUUAUCAUAUUACACAUUGGUUUUUUUGAGAAUUAUUUAUUUAUUUUAAAAAUAAUUUUUAUCACAACCUAACCAAUGAAAAUAAUCAUUAGGGCAAUAUUCUAUGCUUAGAAUGCUUGUGAAAUCUAAAAAUUUUAAUUUUCUGUGAAGUCAAUGUUUAUAAUGGUACAAAUUUUUUCUUAUUUAUUUAAACUUGCUGAUAUUAUGGCAGCUAUUUUAUUUUUUGCAUUCUGCUAUUAUUAGUUUAUAUUAUAUCUUAAUUCAUGCUUAUGUAAUAUUUGUACGGUUUUGAAAUUAUCUUUCUUAAAAUUAAUUUCUAAUUAAAUUUACACCAGCUUAUCGUGACAGUAUUUAAUGUUACAUUAUCCCUUUUAAAUCUCAGAAAAAAUUAGUGGAAAUAGUGGGAGUUUUUUAUAAAUUGUUCUGUCUAAAUGUAAUAGAAAAAAAAUUAUUAUUUGGAAAAAAUAUUUUUUAUAUUUAUAAAAAUAAGUUCAGAUUUGUUGUUUUGUAGAUUUAUUGUAAGUGUACUUUUAGCAACCUUCACUAUUAUCAUAAUUUAUAUGGGUAAAUAUUGAGUUCAGGGUUGCCAUCUAGAUUAAACGAAACUUGUUUUUGUUCAUUGUGCUUGUUUUUAAAUUGCCUUUGAUAGUUUUAUAAAUGCGAAUGUGCCAAGUUAUAUUCAUUUAUUCCAUUUUAUUUCAACUAUCUAAGAUAUGUAGCAUUCAAUAAAAGUUCGUUUUUAGGUACCAUCGCGUAUUUGUUUUAUUUCUGAUUAAUGAAUUCAACAAAUAUGAUAUAUAUUUGAAUUGUAAUGGGAUGCCUUGUACAUUAUAAUAGUGAAUCUGUUUUGAAAAAUUAUAUUUUUUA